AAGUUAUCCAGGUGUUUCUUACUUGCCCUAUUCUCUACUGCAAGGCGAGCCAUUUGUGCAGAGGUUCUGUGAUCAGAAACUGAUGUUCUCUUCUUAUUUGUGCGGAGAAAGGAGCAAAGAUCAAAGAAUGUUCUUCAACGGGAUUUGGAUAGUGCUUGCAAUUUCUGCAGGAGCUAUGGCUGCUCUCGGUCAGACAGGGGACACACUAUACCCUGGCAAUGCUUUGGUGGAUGGCCAAACCUUAACCUCGGCAGGAGAAACCUUUGAGCUGGGAUUUUUCAGACCGAGGAAUUCGAGCGAUCGAUACGUGGGAAUAUGGUACAAGGAGAUCCCUGACCACCCUGUGGUGUGGGUGGCUAACAGGAUGGCCCCUCUUCUUAACACCUCCACAGGACUGUUGAAUCUUACCACAACCGGAGAUCUGUUACUGCUAGAUCAAGCUGGGAAUGUCGUCUGGUCGAUCAGCUCAGUAAAUGCUAGUGAUCCUUCACUCAAGCUCUUAGACUCGGGGAACCUCAUUUUGGCUGAAAGUGCAUCAGGUAACAUCUUGUGGCAAAGUUUUGAUCAUCCAUGCGAUGUGUUUUUGCCUGGAAUGAAGAUUGGAGUGGACUUCAGAACCAAACUCGAUAGGCAACUCACGUCGUGGAAGAGUGUGUCUGAUCCUUCUCCGGGGGAUUAUUCCUAUGGAAUGGACACUCAUGGAGUACCUGAAGUCUAUAUAUGGAGAGGAGCCUCUAGAGUCUUUCGAACGGGGCCAUGGGACGGGAAAGGUUGGAGUGGCCGGCCUGAUCUGAACUCAAACGGCCUUGUUCUGUUUCAAUUUGUCGAUGACCAAAAUGAAAUAUACUACACAUUUGAAGGGGUGGACAAGAAUGUUCUAGGCCGAGCAUUUCUCGACGACGGUGGAGUGUUGCAGCGGUUGUUCUGGUCCAAUACAAGCAAUCAAUGGGCUCUUUAUUGGUCGGUUCCUUCGGAUCCUUGUGACCAAUACGCGACAUGCGGAGCAAAUGGCAUUUGCACAACCAGCUAUUCACCUAUCUGCCAAUGCUUGCAGGGUUUCACUCCCAAGUCAGCUGAAGAUUGGAACCUCAGAGAUAAUACAGAUGGUUGUGUGAGGAAAACAGAUUUGAAUUGUUCGACAGAUGGUUUUUUGCAUCUGUCGAAUGUGAAGCUGCCUGCCACUCACAACGCCAGUAUACUGAGCAACAUGACACUCGAAGAGUGCCAAAGUCUGUGCUCGAGGAACUGUUCUUGCGUGGCAUUUGCUAUGAUCAGAGACAACAUGUGCUUAUCUUGGCCUGCUGACCUGAUGGAUAUUAGGGUUUUCGCACAAGGCGGCAAUGAUCUAUACGUUCGGCUUGCAGCUUCUGAAUUAGAUUCAAUAAGGAGUUCAGGAAAGCAGAAAUCAUUAGUGAUAAAAGUUACUAUUCCAGUGUUGAGCUUUCUACUGUUACUAUGUGUUGGUUCAUUUUUAUGGUUGGAGAGAAGAAGCAAGCUCGUUAAACCAGACAUAGUAGACCCCUCCACUCCCAAAGAAACAGAGCUCGACUUGCCAUUAUAUAGUAUGGUUUCGAUAAGAGCUGCCACAAAUGAAUUUUCAAGAGACAAUAUAAUUGGAAUGGGUGGAUUUGGAUUUAUUUACAAGGGUAAAUUAGCAGAUGGACAAGAGGUUGCUGUGAAAAGAUUGUCCAAAGCUUCUGAACAAGGUACAGAUGAGUUCAAGACUGAGGUUUCGAUCAUUGCCAAGCUACAACACCGAAAUCUUGUUCGUCUACUGGGUUACUGCAUCGAGGAUGAGGAAAGAAUCCUGAUCUACGAGUACAUGACAAAUAAAAGCUUGGACAAUUUCAUAUUUGAUAGAAGAAAGAGUGCAUUAAUGGAUUGGCAAAAGCGCUUUGACAUCAUACUAGGAAUUGCUCGAGGCCUCGUUUACCUCCAUCAAGACUCCAGAUUAAAAAUCAUUCAUAGAGAUUUGAAGGCCAGCAAUAUUCUCCUCGACAACGAUUUCAACCCAAAAAUUUCAGACUUUGGAAUAGCAAAAACAUUUUGUGUAGGACAAACUGAAGGAAGCACAAAUAGAGUGAUUGGGACAUGUGGUUAUAUGUCUCCAGAAUAUGCAAUGGGUGGACACUUUUCUGAAAAAUCAGAUGUUUACAGCUUCGGUGUCUUAUUGUUGGAGAUCUUGAGUGGAAAAAAGAGCACCGAGAUUUUUAAAGCAGAUCAACCUCAAAGUCUAUUAGGACAGGCAUGGAAGCUAUGGGGAGAAGGUAGAUCCACAAAACUUCUUGUCGAAUCAAAUGGAGAUUCUUCCACUAUGUCUAAAGCAUUAAGGUAUUUUCAAGUCGGUUUAUUGUGCGUGCAAGAAGGGAGCGAAGACAGGCCAUCAAUGGCACAAGUAGUCGUGAUGCUAAGCAGUGACUCAACAAUGCUGGGUCAACCUAACCGUCCUGGGAUCUACACUGCUAGAUCUUGCACGGAAACAGUUCUCUCUUCUAGCGAGUACACAAUAACUAUAUUGGAAGGGCGAUGAAGCUCAAGUGAUCUUCAUAGCAAGGUUCUAUCUGCAAGUUCCUUAAGUUUUUCGUAUACUUGUGAUUACUUCAGUUGCAUCAAAUGUCUUGUAAUUAGGAUAUAUUAAAAUGACCUUGAUAAACGGUUGUUCGAUAAACUUGUCUACUAAUUAUCAGCCAUUUAUCAUUACAAUUCACCUUGAUAAACUUAAACAGUGCUUAAUGUGAGUGACUAUACACCUAUCUGAUGCCUGGUGGAAUAAAGGCAAAAAGUGACAGAUACAGAUCUUCAUAAUAUCAACCAAAUAAUACUCUGAACUGGAGCAUUAUAUAUGGUACAUGUCACUGCAAGAUGCAUAUCU